UCAAAUAUAAUUUGCAUUUGAAUGUGUUAGUAAAUGUUACUCUUUUAGUGAAAGAUCAUAGUUAUAACAUCAUGUAGAGAUAUAAAAUUCCAAGAAAAAGGCAAUAAAUCGAAGAACCACGUCGGAGUAACGAAAACUCCAACCACAAUUGAUUGGAUUAAUUAUUAUCUAUUUUUGAUUUCAAAAUGGAAGAUUUAGAAUUGGGAAAUCUAAGUGAUGGUACAGGAACAAAAAAUUAUAAAAGAAUCAAAAAGACCAUUAAGAGAAAAGGUGGUCUUUUUACUGGAAACUCAAAAAAUAUAUUUAAAAGGCCGAGUGGAACUGAAAAUGGUUUAAGUGAAUUUGAGAAACUUCUUAUAUCAGCUGAAGAAGAUAAUUCUGCCAUUAUUUGUGCUGUUUUGAGAGAAUAUGAAAAUGAAGAAUUCUGGGUCCAAAAAGUGAAAUUAGAGACAAUCAUGCAGCAUUAUGUUAACACAGCAAAUUGGAAGUUGAUUAAUUUUCUAACACUUUUAAUGUUCAACUGGAGCGACCAAAGCGGGAAGCCAAGAGAUUAUUAUUUGGUGAAAAAAUUUGAAACUUAUGAAGAAGUUGCUAAAGGAAUGGAAACAUUAUUUGAUAAGUUUUUUGACAUUCUAGAUGAUGAAAAUUGUCGCUUAUAUCAUCAUAUAUGCAUAAAAAUUAUUUAUCAUUAUUUUGACGAAAUCAACAACAUUUUUGAUCCUUAUAUGACCGAUUAUCCAGCAAACUCUGUUUUAAAUGACACAUACAUGAGUAAGCUGAUACAAAAAGCUAUGAAUAUUAAGAAUUAUGAAUAUAAAAAUCAUGUCGUUAAGAUUCUAUUGACAUUUUUGAGGAACACUAAAGAUGAAGAUUUUUCAAUUUUAAAAGAUGAAAUCAUUGACUUUUUUAGCUAUGAUCUUAAGUUUGAUUCAAUAUGCAAAAUAUCAUACAGAGAAAUCGUUCAAUAUCUUGACGAUAAAUUCUUUAGAUUGAUUUUUCUUUUAAAAGAAAAUUAUGUUGUAAAAUUUAGAAUAGAAUUUCACAAGUUUAUAAAAUCACACAAGGAACUCUUGGGUGAAUAUUGGAGAAAUGCAAUGAAAUUAAAUGCACAGCUCCUAUUUCAUGUUGCGAGAAAUCAAGGACUUGUUGACACACAGGAAUACAUACUGAUUUCAACAGCUAUAUUUGAACUAAAACAUUCAAUUGCAUCAAGCUUGCUAGAAUUUGCAGAGUUCCAGAUUGUAUAUGCAGAGCCACUAAAAAAGCAUGAAGAGAAGCUAUUGGAUGAACUGGUUGACUUUGUCGAAAAUGAUUUGAUUAUUAAUAUUGAUGAUUAUGAAGUCUACGCAAACAUAAGAGGAUUUGAGAGACUCUUUGUCAACACUCCAACAAUCAGGAAGCUUUUAUUUGGCAGAAGAACCCUAGACAGUGAAAGUCUUUUUGAAGUAAUUUUAACAAAAAAUAAGACAAGCAUGUAUGAAAAAUCAGAUAAUACCUACGUCCUUGAUCACAUCUGGAAUGAGUUUCAUUUAUGGGAUACGCCAGAAAUUUUAACUAUUAGAAACCCGAUUGGAAAGUCAUUAUUGGAUUAUGUAUUAGAAACAGAAAAUGAUUAUCACUUGAUUUUCUUCUUAAUGCCAAAGUCAUCUGAUUAUAUCAAAACAAUUCAAAAACCAUGUCAAUUUAUGAUGUUGAAAAAUGCACUCUAUUAUGAUUGUAAUAGGAGUCAUAAUGACAGAUCGCUUGUUGAAUACCACCUGAAUUUAAUUGAUAAAAAUAACCGUUCAGAUCCCCAUAAUAUACAGAACAUAUUUUAUCUUUUCGAAGAGAUGAGCUUAUUUAAUUCAGAACAAAAUAAUCAAAAUACUUACAUAAGAAAGCUAUUUGAAGCAGUAACCAGCGAAGAGUCAGAGAAAUUUGAUGGAAAAAAUGAAUUAAAAUUACCAAGAAAACAUUUUCUUAUUGGUAUAAUGAUGGUUUAUUGGGUUCGCGAAGCUCAACUCUAUUCCAUAGUUUUCAAGUUAGAGAAAAAACAGGAAUCAGAAGGUCUUGAUCAUGGAUAUUUAUUCUUCAAAUUACUCUACAAUAUUAUAAAUGGUAAAGAAAAUGAUUUUCACAAUGAUUUUGCAACAGAAAUAGAAAAACUUGAAUCGUGCUUUAAAUACAUUUACGAGCUUGAAAGUACAUACGAUACAAAACAUCAAAAGGAUGACAGUGAGAAUAUUUUCCAUUUUUAUGAGAAAUAUUCAACAAAUUUCUUCUUUGUUCUACUUUAUGCUGCAAUCAAAUCAAAUCGGAAAAGUAUAAUCGAACAUAUAUUCAAAUAUGACAACUUUUUGAUCACUGUGCCAACGUUUCCAUCAAAUAUGGUAGCAACUGAUGUUCAUCAUUUUACAACAUUAAAGUUUCUUGAAAAUAAAUAUGAAAUUGGAAGAGCUGAUAUCCCCAAAAGCUGGAUUACAAGAGAUGUGCUAGAAAAAUUCUUAAAUUCGAGAAUUGCUUCAUUUGGUGGAUUUUAUAAAGUUGAUUGUAGAUUUAUGCUACCUUACUAUAACCACGAUAUUAAUAUCAAGUCUUCAAAUGAAGUAAACGAAGAUUUGCUCCUUAAUGAGGACUAUGAUACAAUGGAAUACAUUACAAGUGAUCACGAAUUGAAGCCACUUGUUACACAUCCAGUCAUGGAAAUGAUAAUCAAAGUGAAAAUCCACAAAUACAAUCGUAUAUUGCUUUGGAACCAAAUUACAUUUAUUGCACUUUACAUUCUUCCAACUUUACUAUUGACUUAUUUUAAUCAUUCACCGGUUCAACAAAAUUAUAUUUUAAAAACCUUUUUAAAUCUUAUAAGAAUCCCAUUUGUCGCAUGCAGAGAAUACUUCCAAUAUAAGUUUGUGUUUCGCGACGAUUAUUUGAAAGAAACAUCAAGUUACUUUGAACUUGGUUUGAUCUUAUUACCAAUAUUACUUUUUAUUCCAACCACUGUUCACUACUUUUAUGCUCACAACAUUGCGCUCCAAUUUAUUACAAUUUUUGAAGUCAUUAACAUUUCUUUAAUGAUUGGAGCAACUUGUUUUCUAUUUUCAAACAUGAAAUUCUCGAUUUAUAUGAAAUGUUUCCGAAAAAUCUUUGGAACUUAUGUGAGCAUUUUUGUAAAUUUCUUUCCCCUAUUUCUUGGAUUUUUGGCAUUAUCAUUUAUAAUUUUAAAUCAAACAAUAUAUUCAAUACUUCCUCGCGAAUCAUGGGAAUAUAUUAGUAUGUAUGCUGGUGAAUUGGCAUUUGAUAACAAUAGAAUUAAUGGAUUCAUACAAGGAGUGUUCUUGACAUUAAUAAUCAUUCUGGUCAUCAACAAAUUUAAUCUUGUACUCUCGAUAGCUAUUAAUGAUAUAAAUGUAUUGAUGCAUCAGUCAAAAGAAGUAAGUCUAAUCUACAAUGCACAAAAAUAUGUUCAGUUUGCUAAAAGGAUCAGAAUAUUCCACGCCAUUACAGAAUACAAGGAAAAUAAGAGUUUUUCUGAAAAGCUCAUGUACAAGCUAAUCAAGUUAAUAAUUCGAGAAUAUCCAUUUAUACAUCGUAUUCAAACCUUAUAUAUUGACAAACAGACUAAGAACGUAUAUGUUGAUGCCGAACGAUCAGUCUUUGAAUCCAAUGACAGCAUAUCUAAAAGACUUGGAUCGAAGAAAAAUAUGUUUCAAAAUUGGUUUCAAAGCUUCAAAUUGGAUGUGGAAACAAUGGAUGCGAUUAAGAAAAUUGUUAAUUCGUUUUUGCUUAAAGUCAGUAAAGACAGUGGGGCCCAAAGGUAAUGUAAAACUAUACAUUUUUAUUUACCAAAAGUCCUGUUUCACCUUCAUGCGGUGGGUCCUGUUAAUUCACUGAUCAGUGAAAACUACCGAAACGGAAUUUUGAGAUAAAUCGAAAAUAAAGAUUGCGAAGUCCUGGAAAAAAAUGACACUCGUUAAUUAACAGAGAUUAAUAGAACAGUGAAGGUGAACCAGUUUUUUUGCGAUUUUAAGCCCAAAGUUCGAAAACAAUUUUCUCAUGCAAGGACAUUUAACAAUCAAACUUUAAACUUACAAUAAGGAACCUUUAUCUUAUUUAAACGCUUUUUUUCAAUUCUCUUCGCUAUUAAAUUUGACUUCAGGGUUUUUUUUGCGCAA